AUGGAGUUGUUUGACGAGGCUCAAGCUGCACUUAUCCCAGGUUGCAGGUCCGACAUGCAGCCUUACAUUGUACAGGUGUUUGAAACUUUGGACGAAGGAAUUUCAUUUUAUGAAGCAUACGCCAACGAAUGCCGUUUUGAUACUCGUAGAUUCGGACACAAAUACUCGAACGACAUAAAAACCUGGCAGACUAUUGUAUGCAGCCGGCAAGGUGCAAAGUUGGAUGUCGACGAAGAGGCGAGUUCUACCAAACGUAGACGCCGUUCUAGCAGGUGUAAUUGCAAUGCCAAACUUACUUUGAAGUAUUCGACCAAUCCUGGCAGUCCUUGCUAUGUUGUCAGCAACUUCGUAGACCUACACAAUCACGAGAUGGUUGAUAAAAAGCACGUCCGAUACAUGAAAUCCAACCGCAACCUUGGGGAUAUCCAUUAUAAAUUCAUGCAGGACUGCGCAAAGGCCAACAUUGGACCUACAAGGACUUUCAAUUUAUUGAAGGAGUUCUUGGGUGGGUACGAUGCGGUGGGUUGCACCGUUACUGACAUACGGAAUUGCAAGCGCGACAUAUUGCAAGAGAUGAAAGGCGCGGACGUCCAAAUGAUUUUAAAUCAAAUGGAGGCGAAGAAGAACACAUGUGAUGGUUUCCAUUACAAAUUCCAACAAGGUACUGACGGAAAGUUAAGUAGCCUUUUUUGGUGUGACGCUGUGUCGAGAAAGAACUACAAGAUGUUCGGUGACAUCGUGUCAUUUGACACUACCUACUCAACAAACAAGUAUUGCAUGGUGUUUGGGCCAUUCACUGGAAAAGACAACCACGGAUGCCCUGUUACGUUUGGUGCCGGAUUCGUGUCAAAUGAGGGAGCUGACUCAUUUUGUUGGUUGCUAAGUGAGUUUGUCGAUUGUAUGGGGUUCGCACCUAAGUUGAUAAUUACCGACCAGGAUUGGGGCAUGAAACUUGCUAUAGAACGGGUUCUAACUAGUACCAGGCAUCGUUGGUGCAUGUGGCACAUAAUGAUGAAGCUUCCUGAAAAGGUUCCCAAAAGAAUACUUGCCAACGAAGAGUUGAAGAAGGAUUUGGACUCUUGUAUAUGGUCUGAAUUGUUGGAGCCAGAGGAAUUUGAAGAAACUUGGCUGACUAUUGUGGACCAAUAUGGUUUACAAAAUGAAGCUUGGUUCACUACCAUGUUCGCACAUCGAGAGUAUUGGAUUCCGGCUUAUUUUAGGGAUUUCCCAAUGGGGUCGUUGUUGAAGACAACUUCAUUCUCUGAGUCCGAGAACAGUUUUUUCAAAAGGUACACAAACCCGCAUUUUAAUCUCGCUGACUUUGUGAUGCACUACAAUAGCGCGUUGGAUGCUCAGCGUAACAUAACUGAGAGGCUCGAUUUCUCCGAUGCUUCAAAAGUCCCCAUCCUGUCAACAGAGCUUUUAUUCAAGAAACACACAGCUGCUAUGUAUACAGAUCGCAUCUUUGUUCAAGUUCAAGCUGAGAUCGUCGAGGCUCAUCAUCGUUGCAGAAUGUCUCACUUUCAGUUGGAGGACAACACUGAGAUAUACACGAUAAUGGACAGCCAUAGAAACAGAGGUGUCGUCCGUCAUGAAGUUAGCCCCGAAUCGUACCAAUGCGAUUGCAAGUUGUUUUUGCGUCGUGGAAUAUUAUGUUCACACAUUUUUUGGUUGUUCAAAAAUCAUGACGUGAAAGAAAUACCAUCCGCAUAUAUUGGUACAAGGUGGUUGAAGACGCCUUUGUUGGAAUCAGUGCACAAUGAUCCGAGGGAGGAGUUGUCGAAAUUUGCAGAUUCACAAGUCGAUGCAAAACGUGUUGUAGCAACGAAACUACAUUCGUUAUACUUUCAUUUAUUUCAACGAGCGCAGAGCAAUGCAGAUGACAUUUUUGCAUUAUUCGACGGAAUGGAAGAAUUAAGUCAUAGACUCUUUGGUGAUACAGUACCUUCCGUGGCUUCAAUGGGUAAAGCACAGAGUAUUGAGAACCUGUAUGGGCUAGCUCGCCCGAAUGUUGUUACCGUGCACCCUCCUAAUAUAGUGAGUACAAAGGGAUCCGGCAGCACUUCUGGAAAAAGAAUUCAAUCAUCCUUAGAGAAGGCUAUCAUAUUACAGAACAAACCUAAGAGGCGAUGUGCAAAGUGUCGAGAAAUGGGGCAUCACGAUGCAAGGAAUUGUGGCAGGGAGAAAGGAAAGUCAAAUAUGUAG